AUGCAUGCGUGGCGCAGCUUGACCAUCAGGUCCACCGGCACGGGCGCCGCCAGUCACAGGCACCAGCGGGGCUUCUCAGCUCGCCCGGCGAUCCUUUGGGCGCCCGGGUUGGUCGAGACGGACGAUCGGCGCUAUGAGCGGCUCGGAGCGAAGAUCCGAGCGAUGUGCCGCGACAGCGCCGGGCCUGGCUACUGCGUCGUGGGCGCGCGAGGCGAGAUCGCCCUGGGCAACACCCUCCGUGGCCUCGCCUCGGCAUCCGAGCUGGCUAAGAGUCCCAUUGAGUUCAUGGUGCGAUGGCACGAGGAGCAGGAGGGGCGCGCUCUCCGCUUCCGUUGCCAGAUACAUGAAUCCUGGGGCGAGUGGAAGCAAAGGUGGUUUCAGCUGGAUUCCCGGGUCCGCAAGCCCUUAUCCGUCACUCCCAACACCGACGUCGAGAAGUUGGCGGAAGCGAUGGCCGUCACCCACCGCAAGCUUUCUGGCGUGGCUUUCGAGCUUAACCCCAACAACAACGCAGUCUUGUCCAUUGCAGCCAAAGCGUUGGCAACUACCCCGCGGAAGGCUCACAGGGAGGAGAUCGGCGCAGGGCUCGUUUGUGCUCUUCGCUGGCCUAGCAUGGACCACAAGGAGGCAUCAACGCGGGUGUACGGACACGUUUACUGGCGCACCCCGCCGGACGAGAAUUGGGAGGUGCCUCCGCAGUCUGGAAGGACCGCAUCCAGUCCUGCCAGAGACAGCGGCUAA